UCUAGCACGACGGCGUGCAUCUAAAGAUGGCGGACAUCGUGGAAAACGUGCUCAGAGCAGCAGCUGAAAGAGAAUCAAAAUACAAGAGUAUUGAGGUUGAAAAGGACAUCGAUCUUGACAUAGAUGAAGGGAAUCUUUUAGCGUCUGACCCAAAUCCUAUCGACAUAAAAGUGUUCAGGGCAAACCGUGAAGAUUACCUGAAGAAUUUAAGUAGAGAUAACACACAGCUGCUUCUCAACAGACUGUGGCAGCUUCCAACAGAGAAGAUUGAUGAUGCUGUAGUAGCUCAGCUUCCAGAGGCACAAACCCCAAUUCCGCGAGAAAAACCUGCUCCGAAGCCACGGGCACCUGGCAGAUGGCAGGAGUACGCCAAGCUGAAGGGCAUCGUGAACAGGAAGAAGAGUCGCAUGGUUUGGGAUGAAGUACACAAGGAAUAUCGACCUCGCUGGGGCUAUAAACGAGCAAAUGACGCCACAAAAGCAUGGCUUAUUGAAGUACCGCAAAAUGCAGAUCCCAACGAAGACCAGUUUGCAAAGAAAAAGAAAGCCAAGUCUGAAAGAACUGCCAAGAAUGAGCUUCAGAGACUCCGCAAUUACAGCCGAGCGAGGAUGUCAAAAGUUCCUGGGGUUGGCCUGACACCAACAGAAAAACCCUCUAAAGACCAUCUAUCUAAGGCUCUAGCAGUAGCAAGAAAGUCCACAGCAUCCAUUGGUCAAUUCACGGAUAAACUGCCCAAUGAAAAGAAGUCAAAAUACACUGGCAAGAAAAGGAAGUUUGAAGCCAACUAUGGUGAUAUGAAGAUGGAGGCCUCCAGACAGAUGGACAUUCUCAACUCAAUCUGUAAUCAGCAACCAAAACUUAACAUCUCCCAGGCCGUCAAUUCACACAUACGAGAUGAACAAGUGGAGCAAUCCAGGAAGAAUGGCUCCAAGAAGACCCCAAAGAAGCAGAAGGGUGGGGGCAAGGGGGGCAAGGGGGGGAAGAUGAGCAAGGGAGGCAAAGGAGGGAAGAGGGGGAAAGGUAGAAAAUGA